UUCAACAUCUGCCUGCAUCUAGUGGAAUAUAUCAAAGUCCGGCUUCAUUUGGACGACAAACACUAACAACCAAAUCUCAUACCGACCCGAAUCUCUUGAACCUUCUGCAAACCGAGCGGGAUCUGCCUCGCCAGCCGCCAUGGCUCCUGCACUUGAUCCGCGGAUGAUGUCCGUCAAACCCAGAUUGCGGUACAACACAAUCGGGGGUGUGAAUGGACCUCUGGUCAUUCUCGAGAAUGUCAAGUUUCCACAAUUUAACGAGAUCGUCUCCUUAACCCUCCCCGAUGGCUCGGAACGUGCUGGACAGGUGCUCGAAGCAAGAGGGAACCGAGCUGUUGUCCAGGUUUUCGAGGGAACCACUGGCAUUGAUGUCAAGAAGACCAAAGUCGAAUUCACCGGCCAUAACUUGAAGCUCGGCGUUUCUGAAGACAUGCUUGGUCGAAUCUUCGACGGAUCUGGAAGGGCCAUUGAUAAAGGUCCAAAGGUGCUCGCCGAGGACUACCUCGAUAUCAAUGGCAGUCCGAUCAACCCAUACUCUCGUGUCUAUCCCGAAGAAAUGAUCUCCACUGGUAUCUCCGCCAUCGACACCAUGAACUCGAUUGCCCGAGGCCAAAAGAUCCCCAUCUUCUCGGCCGCCGGUCUUCCUCACAACGAAAUCGCCGCUCAGAUCUGCAGACAGGCCAAUCUUGUCCGACCUACCAAGGGUGUACAUGAUGGGCACGAUGACAAUUUCUCCAUCGUUUUCGGGGCGAUGGGUGUCAACUUGGAGACCAGUCGGUUCUUCACGCGAGACUUCGAGGAGAACGGCAGCAUGGAGCGUGUCACGCUGUUCCUGAAUCUUGCCAAUGACCCAACAAUCGAACGUAUCAUCACGCCCCGUCUCGCCCUCACCACUGCCGAAUACUAUGCAUAUCAAUUGGAGAAACACGUCCUUGUCAUUCUCACGGAUUUGUCUUCAUACUGUGAUGCUCUUCGUGAGGUGUCAGCCGCUCGAGAGGAAGUGCCAGGUCGCCGUGGUUAUCCCGGUUACAUGUACACGGAUUUGUCCACGAUAUACGAACGUGCUGGCCGUGUCGAGGGAAGAAAUGGGUCCAUCACCCAAAUUCCCAUCCUCACCAUGCCGAACGACGAUAUUACGCAUCCCAUUCCUGACCUGACUGGAUACAUCACCGAAGGACAGAUCUUCGUUGACCGACAGUUACACAAUCGUGGUGUCUACCCGCCGAUCAACGUGCUGCCGUCCCUUUCACGACUUAUGAAGUCGGCCAUUGGCAAGGGACGAACAAGAGAUGAUCAUGGCGACGUGUCCAACCAGUUGUAUGCCAAGUACGCCAUUGGCCGUGAUGCCGCUGCCAUGAAAGCCGUUGUCGGCGAGGAAGCCCUGUCAUCGGAGGACAAGCUCUCGCUCGAAUUCCUCGAAAAAUUCGAGAAGACCUUCAUUGCCCAGGGUGCAUACGAGAGCCGGACCAUCAUCGAGUCCCUCGACCUCGCCUGGAGUCUGCUUCGAAUCUACCCCCGGGAGCUGCUAAACCGGAUUCCCGCCAAGGUACUCGACGAGUACUACCAACGCAAGCCGGUUGAGAGACGUGGUGCAAAGGACACGCGUGACAACGAUCCGGAAGGGCAGGAGGACGAAGAAGAGGAUAACCUGGUUGACGUAUAGACGGUCAUUACCAUGUUUAUCAGCGCUUGUAAUUCGGAAAUUCAGUUGGCCUUGUUAGCAAGUUGAUCGAUAUUUCGCAUACUUGUUUCAAAGGAUUUAUUGCUUGCUUUGGUAUUGGGAUCGCGCUCUAGCUGCUCUAGCCAUGUCGCAUUAGCCAGUGGGUAUUCACCAGCAAAUUACCUUUUCCCAGAAGGCGGCUAUGAAUAUAUCUUUUAAGAUGAGCAGUGAAACGUCAUCUUGCCUCAUUGUUUGCCGCUGUUGGGCUUCUGUAUCUCUGUUAAUAGAUAUAAUUGGUAGUUAACUUAGCUGUGCCUACCUAAUCUUAAUAUCCG